AUGUCAGCAGCCAAGAAAGGAUCUCAACCAGCAGCUGCUGCUAAAGAGGUAGAAGCACCAUCAUUGGGAGAGACUGCCAUCCCCGAAGAGAUCUUUAAACUCACCGCAGAAGAAAUCCUCAAACGUGCAAAGUUGUUAGAGAAUCAAACUAAAUUACUUAGAGGUGAACAUAUUACAAAGCACUUGGAGAUGGACUCGUUACAGAAAAAGAUUAAAGAGAAUAACGAAAAAUUACAAGUUAACAGUCAACUUCCACAUCUUGUAGGAAAUGUUGUAGAAAUCAUAGAAAUGACCUUGGAUGGUGAAACUAAACCAUCUAAAUGUGUUGUAGUUAAAGCUUCAACAAGACAAACUAUAUUUUUGGCGUUCCCAGGUAUUGUAGAUGUUGAUAAACUAAGACCAGGAGAUCUUGUCGGUGUAAAUAAGGAUAGUUAUAUUAUUUUAGAUACUUUACCACCUGAAUAUGAUUCAAGAGUAAAGGCAAUGGAGAUUGAUGAAAAACCAACAGAAGAGUACAGUGAUAUUGGUGGAUUAGAUAAACAAAUUCAAGAAUUGGUAGAAGCAGUAGUACUCCCAAUGACACACAAGGAGAGAUUCGAGUCGAUUGGCAUCAAGCCACCCAAAGGUGUGUUGAUGUACGGUCCACCAGGAACGGGCAAGACAUUGCUCGCCAGAGCUUGUGCCGCCCAAACCAAUUCUACAUAUCUUAAAUUGGCCGGACCACAAUUGGUACAAAUGUUUAUUGGUGACGGUGCCAAGUUGGUGCGUGACGCCUUUGCCCUCGCCAAGGAAAAGGGACCCACCAUCAUUUUUAUAGACGAACUCGAUGCUAUCGGCACCAAACGUUUCGACAGUGAGUUGUCGGGUGAUCGUGAGGUACAACGUACCAUGUUGGAGUUGCUCAACCAGCUCGACGGUUUCAGCAGUGACGCCAACAUCAAGGUCAUUGCCGCCACCAAUCGUAUCGAUAUUCUCGACCCUGCUCUCCUCAGAUCCGGUCGUCUCGACAGAAAGAUCGAGUUCCCAUUGCCCAACGAAGAGGCCCGUGCCCAUAUUCUCCAAAUUCACUCGCGUAAGAUGAACGUAAACCCAGACGUCAAUUUCGAAGAGUUGGCUCGUUCCACCGAAGACUUUAACGGUGCCCAGCUCAAGGCCUGUUGUGUCGAGGCCGGUAUGAUUGCCCUGCGUCGUGGUGGUACCGAAUUGGUCCACAAUGAUUUUACCGAAGGUAUCCAAGAAGUUCAAGCAAAGAAGAAGAAGAGUUUAGAAUAUUAUGCAUAA